GUGUCUCCCACGUCCGUCCUGUGCUGUGCUUCACGUCGGUUUCGUCUUCAUAUACUCGGCUUUGAUACUUUCCCGGUCGGCAACAUCUGGUAGCAAGUGCGGUGUUUGCUCGUGUUGCGACACCACUUAUGUAGCAGCGGGCCUGGGCGAACGAUCACUGUGCCCCCUCUUCCCCCCCCGGUAAGGACGCAAAAGCUUGACGUGAGCGUGCAACGAUGCCACUGUUUGGUAAAUCGCAGAAAAGCCCACAGGAGCUGGUGAAGUCGCUGAAGGAGGCGGUCAAUGCGCUGGAGCGCGGCGAUAAGAAGGCGGAAAAGGCACAGGAAGAUGUGAGCAAGAACCUGGUGUCGAUCAAGAACAUGCUGUGCGGUACGGCCGAUGCCGAGCCGCAGACCGAGAUCGUCAUCUCGCAGCUGGCCCACGAGCUGUACAGCACCGAUCUGCUGCUGCUGCUGAUACAGAACCUGAACCGCAUUGACUUCGAGGGCAAGAAGGACGUGGCACACAUCUUCAACAAUGUGAUCAGACGCCAGAUCGGCACCCGGCUGCCGACGGUCGAGUACAUCUGCACCAAGCCGGAGAUUCUGUUCACGCUGAUGGCCGGGUACGAGCAUCAGGAGAUCGCGCUCAACUGUGGCAUCAUGUUGCGCGAGUGCGCUCGGCACGAGGCGCUCGCCAAGAUCAUGCUCCACUCGGAGGAGUUUUUCAACUUCUUCCGCUACGUCGAGGUGUCCACGUUCGACAUUGCGUCCGAUGCGUUCUCCACGUUCAAGGAGCUGCUCACCCGCCACAAGCUGCUGAGCGCGGAGUUUCUCGAGCAGAACUACGACAAGGUGUUUAGCCGGUACGAGGCGCUGCUCAACUCGGAGAACUACGUGACGCGUCGCCAGAGCCUGAAGCUGCUCGGCGAGCUGCUGCUCGACCGGCACAACUUCACCGUGAUGACGAAGUACAUCUCCAACCCGGACAACCUGAAGCUGAUGAUGAACAUGCUGAAGGAAACGUCGCGCAACAUACAGUUCGAGGCGUUCCACGUGUUCAAGGUGUUCGUGGCGAACCCGAACAAACCGAAACCGAUCAUGGACAUACUGCUGCGGAAUCAGGAAAAGCUGGUCGACUUUCUUACCCGCUUCCAUACCGAUCGCUCCGAGGACGAACAGUUCAACGACGAGAAGGCUUACCUGAUCAUGCAGAUCAAGGAGCUAAAGCCCCAGGCCCAGGAAGCCCAGCAGUGAUUGUGUGGUGGAGGUGGUGGUGAUGGUGGUGUUGCGGUUCAAUGCAUGCAGCAUGUUUCAUCAACAAAGCUGAAACACUAUAAGCGGGAGCAGUUCUGUAGUUUUUGUGUGUGUGCGUUUUUUUUUCUUUCGUUUUUUGGGUUCUUUUUUACGAAAAGCUUUGCGAACACUACUACGCCUUUGCUUAAAUAGAAAUAAAUGUUCUACAGUAGAAUAAAGAAAUUGCACGCUGGUUAUGAUUUGUUGGUUGGUUAAUGGAUCAAGGAAAACUCAUCCUCUCAAUAACGAGCUCAUUAUCGAAAUGGUAUCGGAUUAUCAAGAAAUCGGUGCGGAAUUGGGUAUCGGAAUAGCAUCAGUUUGUUGAGGGUUUCAGAUUAACAAUGAUUUAGUUUCGAAUUGAUGAAUCAAUGAAAUAUCGAAUUACCACCAACACGCAUUGGUAUCAGUUUCAAAUUGACAAUAAAUGCUUAUAAAUAUUAUGCUUAAGUUGCUGCAGAUUUAAUAUUCAUUGAUGAAUGAUAAUAAUAAAAGCACAUCAAACUCUAUUCUUCUUCUUCAACUUAAUUGAUGCAACAACGGUUCCAAGGUUAAAGUAAGAUCGCAAAACACAACAGUAUAAUAGUGAUUUGAAUUGAUUUAAACAACAUAAUUAAGUAUAUUAGUCAAUGUCAUAUGAUUUGCGUCCUGCUGCUCAGUCCAUACGAGUCUUGAACCCAUGUUCUGCACAGCGUAAUGUCAAUUUGUAUGGCCUGACGUCUGUACCACGGGAGCAGCUCAUCGGAAAGGCAUCAACUACAAAUA